AUGUUUCCUAACAGACACACUCUCUCCCCCUUUCAGGGGUCGGCGUUCCACGCAUCACGGAGGCAGAAGUACGGCAAUGUCUUCAAGACCCACCUGCUGGGACGCCCCCUGAUCCGGGUCACCGGUGCGGAGAAUGUCCGGAAGGUUCUAAUGGGAGAACACACGUUGGUCAGCGUGGACUGGCCUCAGAGCACCUCGACCCUACUGGGACCCAACUCACUGGCUAACUCUAUAGGAGAUAUACACCGCAAGAGACGAAAGGUCUUCUCCAAGGUGUUCAGUCAUGAGGCUCUGCAGUCCUACCUCCCUAAGAUCCAGCAGGUGAUCCAGGAGUCACUGAGGCUGUGGAGCUCCAACCCAGAACCCAUCAACGUCUACAGGGAAUCCCAGAGGCUGUCGUUCCACAUGGCAGUGAGGGUACUGCUGGGGUUCAGAGUAGCAGACGAGGAGAUGAGACACCUGUUCACCACCUUCCAGGAGUUUAUAGACAACAUCUUCACUCUGCCGUUGGACCUGCCAUUCAGUGGAUACAGGAAGGGCAUCUGUGCCAGGGACACACUCCAGAAGGGGAUAGAAAAGGCCAUCAGGGAGAAACCCCUCUGUUCCCAGGGGAAGGAUUAUAGCGACGCACUAGAUAUCCUACUGGAGAGCGCAAAAGAGAACGGCACCGAACUCACCAUGCAGGAACUCAAGGAGGCGACCAUUGAGCUGAUCUUCGCAGCGUUUGCCACCACGGCCAGUGCCUCCACCUCUCUCAUCAUGCAGCUCCUACGCCCUGCCGUGCUGGAGAAGUUACGAGAGGAGCUCCGGACCAGGGGGAUCCUCCACAACGGCUGUCUGUGCGAGGGGGAACUGGGUCUGGACACCAUCGUUAGUCUGAAGUAUCUGGACUGUGUGAUUAAGGAGGUGCUGAGGCUCUUCACGCCCGUAUCUGGGGGUUAUAGGACGGCCCUGCAGACCUUUGAACUAGAAGGGGUACAGAUCCCGAAGGGUUGGAGUGUGAUGUACAGCAUCAGAGACACACACGACACCUCCUCCGUCUUCAAGGACGUGGACGCCUUCGACCCCGACCGCUUCUCCCAGGAACGCUGCGAGGACAAGGAGGGACGCUUCCACUACCUCCCGUUCGGCGGCGGCAUCCGCUCCUGUCUCGGGAAACAGCUCGCCACUCUCUUCCUCCGUAUACUGGCCAUCGAGCUGGCCAGCACCAGCCGGUUUGAGUUGGCGACCCGGAAUUUUCCUCGAGUGGUGACGGUGCCGGUGGUUCAUCCGGUGGACGGGUUGAAGGUGAAGUUCUACGGUCUGGAUUCUAACCAGAAUGAGAUUUCAUCCGAUCUCCUAGCCGACAUCAAGACGGAAGAGCUACCGGGAGCCGCGGUGUAGAUCGUUGAUCUGGAUUGGACGAAGCAAGGAGGAAGGAGGAAGGGAGGUAUGGAGGAGAAAGGAGAGUGAAGAGGAGGAUGGAAGGAGGAUAUGACAGAAAUAACAAAUGAGGAUGGGAGACUGGGAGACUGGGAGACUGGGAGACUGGGAGACUGGGAGACUGGGAGACUAGGAGACUGGGAGACUGGGAGACUGGGAGACUGGGAGACUGGGAGACUAGGAGACUGGGAGACUGGGAGACUGGGAGACUGGGAGACUGGGAGGGGUUUAGUUUCCUUUUGUUCAUUCUACUGAUGUCUUGGAAUGUUGGAGGUCUCCUUUGAACUCUAAAAAGGAACUUUCAGAAUUCUGAUUCCUUCUCUUUGUCGUUUUGUUGUCAGUUGUCAGAACUUUCUGGGAGAGAAAGAAGAACAGAAGCUGCCAAAAAAAAGUUUAUAAUCUCUAUUCCUUUUGUUUUCCAAUAAAUAUACAAAACUAUGUAUGAUUAAAUUGAAAAGUUAUGUAUAAUAAUGAAUUUAAAAAAAUAUAUAGAAAGUAACAUUAGGUGAAGUUAUGCGCAAUUAGGAAACAGAUUUGUAGAGAAGUGUAUUUGGAUGGAGGGAAGAAAGAAAGAAAAGAAAGAAAGAAAGAAAGAAAGAAAGAAAGAAAGAAAGAAAAGAAAGAAAGAAAGAAAGAAAGAAAGAAAGAAAGAAAGAAAGAAAGAAAGAAAGAAAGAAAGAAAAGAAAGAAAGAAAGAAAGAAAGGAGAGAGGGAGAAAGGAUAAAAACAGGGUAAAAUGGUUUAUGAACAUUUGGGAAAUAAUAAGAGUGGGGGAAUCUGCACAAGCGAGAGAGAUGAUCUCAAUGUGGAAAAAACAAGCCAGAGAGAGAGAGAGAGAGAGAAGAGAGAGAGGAGAGAGAGAGAGAAUGAGAGAGAGAGAGAGAGAGAGAGAGAGAGAGAGAGAGAGAGAGAGAGAGAGAGAAGAGAGAAAAGAGAGAGAGAGAGAAGAGAGAGAGAGAUGAGAGAGAGAAGAGAGAGAGAAAAGAGAGAGAGAGACAGAGAGAGAGGCAGAGAGAGAGGCAGAGAGAGAGAUGAGAGAGAGAAGAGAGAGAGAAAAGAGAGAGAGAGACAGAGAGAGAGAGAGAUGAGAGAGAGAAGAGAGAUAGAGAGAGACAGGAAAAGAGAGAGAGAGACAGAGAGAGAGGCAGAGAGAGAGACAGAGAGAGAGGCAGAGAGAGAGACAGAGAGAGAGACAGAGAGAGAGGCAGAGAGAGAGACAGAGAGAGAGGCAGAGAGAGAGACAGAGAGAGAGACAGAGAGAGAGGCAGAGAGAGAGGCAGAGAGAGAGGCAGAGAGAGAGAUGGGUAUUUUGUUUUAAGGCCUGGGGGUGAUAUAUGUAUUGCAUGGUGCUUUAGCUCCAGUCUUGACUAAAUCAUGUUCCUCCAGCCCUGCACUAACCUACCUGUCUUAAACAAUCACCUAUCACCUAUCACAAUUGGGUCAAUUAGCCUGGGCUGGGUCUUAGCGCUGGGACGGGUACAAAACCCAGGAACUGGACUUUGACUAUCUAGAAGUGGAGUUGAAACAGUGACCCUAGAGGACUUCAGGGAUGAUGCGAAGGAGAUACUGAAACGCUGGAACGGCAUAUCAGUGUGUUUGAUAACUCAGGUGGAGAAGCGGAUCCGUGGAUGGAUUUUAAGGACUUGAUUUCUUAAUUUUUUACUGCACAUAAGAAAGUGACUAUAAGUUGUUAUUAACCAGGUUCCUUCCUCUUCCUCCUUCCAACCCUGAAACCUGUGAUGUUAUAUGCAGACGUGUGUCUGUCAGUCGGGCCUGAGGACUGGACUUCUUAUGGACACAACAAAGCUAAGUCGGAGAGAGAGGGAGAGUGUCGUGGACCUCUGUGGAACGCCAUGGUGACAUUUUGACAUUGCUGCUCCUCUUUAUCAACACUAAAAUGCAAAAAAAUAAAUAAAUACAAACAUUAUUAGCUAGAUUACACAAUGUGCGCCGAUAUCAAAAUCAGUGUCAGAACUUAUUGCUAACUCAAACAUCAAGAAAUGUCCAUCAUGGAGACGGAGAGGUAACGCUACCAAAACAUAACUCCUUCCUUUAUGACUCAUCAAAAGAACACUUCUGGGUGUCACAAACAUUCCGGAACAUUCCCGUAAAAACAACUUUCCCAGAAUCGUUGUGGACACACCUACUCAUUUCCAUGUUUUUCUAAAAAAAAAUUGUACUAUGUUCUACAUUGUAGAUAGUGAAGACAUCAGAAACUAUGAAAUAACACGGAAUGGAAUCAUGUAGAAAAAAUAAAUAAAUAAAUAAAUAUUAAAACAAAUGAAAAUAUAUUUUAUAUUUGAGAUUCUUUAAAGUAGCCACCCUUUGCCUUGAUGACAGCUUUGGACACUUUUGGCAUGCCUGUCUAUAACAAUAAUAAUAAUGUAAUAUAAUAAUGUCUAUAAUGUUAUAUAGACUUAUAUAUCCUGUGACCAACCACACCACUGAUUGUCUAUACUUAACCAUAAGUACAGUGAGCUGCUUCUGUGUUUCAAGCUGAGAGUUCUAGAACUCUAUAUAUAGAUAUAUAGAUUGCAAGUGAGAUUCUUCCCCAAUUUUUUAUUUUAUUUUUUAUAAUAAUUUUAUUUUUAUUUUUAUUAUAAUUUUAUUUUUAUUUUUUAUUAUAAUUUUAUUUUAUUUUUUUAAUUAUUUUAAUUUUAAUUAUUAUUAUUUUAUUUUUUAUUUUAUAUAUAUAUAUAUAAAAAAAAAAAAGCAAGACAGUGACGGCCUGUUUAUGUUAAACCCGAUUCUUCUGUUUAACAAGCCAUCUGUUUAAUACCCUAAUAUUAUUAUGAUUGGUAAUAUUCACUAUUAAUAUUUGUCAUUGAAGUCAAAUAUUAUAAUACGUUUUAUUAUAUUUUCAGAAUAGAGUAUAAAUUACAAAAAGUAUUUUUGUUGGUAAAUAUUGUUAUAUUUAGUAUGAUAUGAAUGAUUUCCGUUAUAUAUUGUAAAACAUUGUUGAAUGUGUUAAUAUUGCUUAUUGUAUUAGAUAUUCUUAUUUUGGGUUAUUAUUAUUAUUACAAUUAUUAUUAUCAUUACAUUAAUUAAUUAUUACAAUUAAGAAGUUAAGCACUUGCGAGGUAUGUUAUUAUGGAAGUGUCACAUGACUACAUUGGUUCUUUCAUCUGAAUGCAUCCCAAAUGGCUCUGGUCUAAAGUAGUGCACUAUAUACGGAAUAGGGCUCUGGUCUAAAGUAGUGCACUAUAUAGGGAAUAGGGCUCUGGUCUAAAGUAGUUCACUAUGUAGGGAAUAGGGCUCUGGUCUAAAGUAGUUCACUAUGUAGGGAAUAGGGCUCUGGUCUAAAGUAGUUCACUAUGUAGGGAAUAGGGCUCUGGUCUAAAGUAGUUCACUAUGUAGGGAAUAGGGCUCUGGUCUAAAGUAGUGCACUAUAUAGGGAAUAGGGUGCCAUUUGGGAUGCAGGGUCUGCCUGUCUGCCUGUCUGUCUGUCUGUCUGUCUGUCUGUCUGUCUGUCUGUCUGUCUGUUCCUAAUAUGUUUAUUUUAUGUUCCAGAUUAGUUUAAAUAUGUUUUUUCAUCUUUUUGUCACCGUUAUUC